CUCUCUCUCUCUCUCUUCCCCCCCACCAACUCUAAUUCCAAACCCCUCACCGAUAAGAAGAUCAGGUUUCGCAGAAAAAGGUGGGAGGAGCUAAAAGUGAUGUAAAUAUAAAAGGACAAGGUGGGGAGGAGAGAGGGACAGAAAAACACAGAGAUUGGGACACUCAGAGAACAGCAAACCCAGGCUGCGUAAACACACGCUCUAGCUGCUCCCGGCACAAGGACACUCGACAGGAGACAGCAGCCGGCCAGAUCUCUGCUUUGCCAGUCUGUCCUUUACUAGCACCGGGUUCGGGAGUAGGUGGUUGGUGCGGUGGAGGGAGAGAGAGAGAGAGAGAGAGAGAGAGGAAACUUGUUAAAUCAUUUUAACACACGCACCCCAACCAACCCCCCCCAUGUUUCCUCUUUGAUGUCUGCCCCCCCUCUCGCCGCCCCCUUCCCCACCUGUCGCCUGCCUCUGAUCCCUGCCCUUCGAUCCGGGGAAGGGGCGAAGAGCAUCUGAGACCGCGAGUGGUUCCUCGAGGCUCCCUCGGAGUUGGUCCUCCCCUUGCCUACCUCAACACCGGUGACUGGACGGAUACCCCGGCGGGCAAGAUGGCCGAGGGGAGCCGACUGCGAAACGCGCCCUCCACCAGCAAGGGCUCCCAGGGCAGCUUGGCGGGCAGCGGGAAGAAAGAGGAAGCCGGCGUCGCGUUGAAGAAGGAGAUCGGACUGGUCAGCGCCUGCGGGAUCAUUGUCGGGAACAUCAUCGGCUCGGGGAUCUUUGUCUCCCCGAAGGGUGUGAUGGAGAAUGCCGGCUCGGUGGGUCUGGCUAUGGUCGUCUGGAUCAUCACCGGCUUCAUCACUGCCAUCGGCGCCCUGUGCUACGCUGAGCUCGGUGUCACCAUCCCCAAGUCCGGCGGCGACUACUCCUACGUCAAAGAUAUCUUCGGUGGACUGGCAGGCUUCCUGCGCCUCUGGAUCGCCGUGCUGGUCAUCUACCCGACCAACCAGGCCGUCAUCGCCCUGACCUUCUCCAACUACGUGCUGCACCCGCUCUUCCCCACCUGCCUCGCUCCCGAGCUGGGCCUCCGCCUACUGGCGGCCGUCUGUCUCCUGCUGCUGACCUGGGUGAACUGCUCCAGUGUUCGGUGGGCUACUCGUGUCCAGGACAUCUUCACCGCCGGCAAGUUGUUGGCCCUCGGACUCAUCAUCAUCAUGGGCUUCGUGCAGGUGUGCCGAGGUCACUAUUACUGGCUGGAACCCAAGAAUGCCUUCCAGAUGUGGCAGGUGCCCGAUAUCGGGCUGGUGGCGCUGGCCUUCCUGCAGGGAUCGUUCGCCUAUGGGGGCUGGAACUUCCUCAACUACGUGACCGAGGAGCUGGUCGAUCCGUACACGAACCUGCCUCGAGCGAUCUUCAUCUCCAUCCCGCUGGUGACCUUUGUCUACGUGUUUGCCAACAUCGCCUACGUGACGGCCAUGUCCCCGAUGGAGCUGCUGGCCAGCAACGCAGUGGCCGUGACCUUUGGAGAGAAGCUGCUGGGAGUGAUGGCCUGGAUCAUGCCGAUCUCUGUGGCCCUGUCCACCUUCGGGGGCGUGAACGGGUCUCUCUUCACUUCCUCCAGGUUGUUCUUUGCUGGAGCUCGUGAGGGUCACCUGCCGAGGUUGCUGGCUAUGAUUCACAUUAAGCGCUGCACUCCCAUACCAGCCCUGCUGUUCACUUGCGCCUCCACCCUGUUGAUGCUGGUGACCAGCGACAUCUACACGCUGAUCAACUAUGUGGGCUUCAUCAACUACCUGUUCUAUGGCGUCACCAUCGCCGGACAGAUCGUGCUGCGCUGGAGGGAGCCCGACAUGCCCCGGCCGAUCAAGGUGAGCCUGAUCUUCCCGGUGGUCUACCUGCUCUUCUGGGCCUUCCUCAUGGUCUUCAGCCUGUGGUCGGAACCGGUGGUGUGCGGCAUCGGACUGGCCAUCAUGCUGACCGGCGUUCCCGUCUACUUCCUGGGAAUCUACUGGAGGAACAAGCCGGAAUGCUUUGACAACGUGGUCGACAGCGUUACCUACUUUGGACAGAAGUUCUGUGUGGUGGUCUACCCUGAGGAGUCUCACUCUGCCGACACACAGGAGCUCUGCCACCUCUCCGAAGCCCAGGCCGACAACUUGAAGGGCGUCAACAGCACCGGUACCCCGGGGGCGCUGGCCUGAGUCCAGUCUCCGGGGCGGGACGAGGGAUGGGGUGGAGGGAGGGAGGGAGGGAGGGCCUCGAGUGGGACCCUCAACCUCUGUGCCUCACCCUCCUCUCCCCAACUGGCCGUCCUGCGGGGAGGGGGCAGGAGGUGGGGGGAAGUCAGGGGAUUGUAAAUCAGGUGGGUGGGUUGGAGGUCACAGAGCCCAGGGGGUGGGGAACAAGUUGCCCCCGCCACACCUGCCUGGUCACCAGAGUGUUGCUCCCCCCGCAGAUCCGCUGGGAGCGGUCAGCUUGUCAGUGUGCUCCCCCUCCCAGCCCACUGUCCGGUGUGGGGGGGCAGCACUCAAGGUGGGCACCUCUGUGGUCUGGCAUCCACUUACAGUGUGCCCCGGCCCCUCCCCCGACGGGCACCAUGUGCAGCACGUGGCCGUCCUCUCCUGGACACCAUUUGCAGUGUACCUGUGUCCCCCACCAGCCCUCGUUGGUAGGGGUUCUCAGUCCCCUCCUGGCCUCCAUUUGCAGUGUACCUCCGUCCCCACACCACCCAUGACUUGCAAGGUGUCUCUCCACUGUCCUGGCUGCCGUUUGCCAACCAUAUCAAUCCCAUAUUGGCUGCCAUUUGCAGUGUGUCUCUGUACCCUCCCAGCCACCAUUUGCAGUGUGUCUCUGGCCUGCACUGGCUGCCAUUUGCAAUGUGGCUCAGUCCCUGUGGCUGCCAUUUGCAGUGUGGCUCAGUCCCUGAGCAGUUGCCAUUUGCUGUGUGGUUCAGUCCCUCAACGGCUGCCAUUUGCAGGGUGCCUCAGUCCCUGAGUGGUUGCCAUUUGCAGUGUGUCUACCCCCACACUGGCUGCCAUUUGCAAUGUGUCUCUGUACCCUCCCAGCCACCAUUUGCAGUGUGUCUCUGGCCUGCACUGGCUGCCAUUUGCAGUGUGGCUCAGUCCCAUACAGGCUGCCAUUUGCAGUGUGUCUCCGUACCCUCCUGCCCACCAUUUUGCAAUGUGAUUGCCCCACACUGGCCGCCAUUUGCAGUGUGGCUCAGUCCCUGAACAGCUGCCAUUUGCGGUGUGUCGUCUCGACCCAGCUCCCCAUUGGAACAGCCCUGUCCGGUGGGGUGGGGUGGGUUGGGUGGGCUGAUCUGCCCCCAUUUCCUACGUCCCAACCACCCCCCAAUCCAGUCUCAGGCUCUCCUCUCCAGCGCUCUGAGGGAACCUUCCUUCCCCCAGGACCAACGCCUAGGCAUUUCACGCAGGGUGGGGGCAAACAACCAAAGGUGCUAAACUCGGCAAGAAUUGGCUGGCGCUGCAGAAAUUGACACGUAUUUAAACGUUGUAUCUGCCAUAAAGCAGUAUCUGUUUGUUUAUUGCUGUAGGAACAGUAAUCCUGAUUAAACUUUGAGAGUUUUA